CACAGCCAAGAUUCUUGGAGAAACCGCUUAAUUAGCUUGUGGAUCCAAUGGCGUCCUUCCACGCUCUGGUGUUCGUGGCGCUCGCGCUGGUCUCGGCGGCGCCAAUGGCCGUGGUGGCCGGCGACCCGGACAUCCUGACCGACUUCGUCGUGCCGACAAACCUCCUAGGCGUGCCGAUGAACGUCACGGCCGACUUCUUCACCUACACGGGCUUCGCCUUUCCCUUCCUGCCCCCGGCGACCUUCUCGGUGAUGAAGGCCUCCAUGAAGGAGUUCCCGGCGCUCGAGGGGCAGAGCGUGUCGUACGCCAAGCUCAGGUUCCCGCCGGGCACCGUGAACCCGACCCACACGCACCCGCGCGCCGCCGAGCUGCUGCUCGUCCUCGAGGGCGCGCUCUCCGUCGGCUUCGUCGACACCGCCGGCAAGCUCUACACUAAAGACCUUGUUGUCGGGGACAUGUUCGUGUUCCCCAAGGGCCUCGUGCACUACCAGUACAACCAGGGCGCCGGCCUCGCCGUCGCGCUCUCGGCGUUCGGCAGCGCCAACGCCGGCACCGUGUCCGUGCCCCUCACCGUCUUCGGCACCGGCGUCGAUGACGUUGUGCUGGCUAAGUCGUUCAAGACCGAUGUUGCCACCGUGCAGAAGCUCAAGGCCGCGCUCACUCCCCCGCCGUCGCCCAAGAAUUGAUUUGGUGGUUGCUGAGUCCUACUAAGCUUGUUGUUGCUCUUCUCUUCUUUGAUGUGUUUUGUUUGCCCUUGAGUUAAUAAGGCCACCAAGCUGGCCAGCGAGUGAGGAUGGAAUAUUUAAUUGAUCCACGUGCUACCAAGCAGCCAAGCAACUGCUUUAAUUUGUAUUAGUGAUAUGCUUUGUUGUGUCUUGUGAUUGUGAUCGUGUGGUGUGAAAUUUUACCUGAUUAAUUUGUGCCAAGAACACUUCUAUA